GCUUCGCUAUGGCUGAGCUGGUCCAGGCCUCGCAGUCCCGGGGAAGUCUGCAGUCCACAUCUGGCGGGCAGUCCGGGUUACCCGCUGCGGGGGGGAGUAGUACGAGCACCAGUGACCCAGCCAGACCCGGGCUGAGCCAGCAGCAGAGGGCCAGCCAGAGAAAAGCACAAGUCCGUGCAUUACCGCGGGCCAAGAAGCUCGAGAAACUCGGUGUAUUUUCUGCUUGCAAGGCGAAUGACAUCUGUAAGUGCAAUGGGUGGAAGAACCCCAACCCGCAGACGGCCCCCCGAAUGGACCUUCAGCAGCCUGCCGCCAGCCUGAGUGAGCCUUGUCGCAGUUGCAGUCAUGAGCUAGCUGACCACGUAUCCCACCUAGAAAAUGUUUCUGAAGAUGAAAUCAACCGUCUGUUGGGCAUGGUGGUGGACGUGGAGAAUCUCUUCAUGUCGGUCCAUAAAGAAGAGGAUACAGACACCAAGCAAGUUUACUUUUACCUGUUUAAGCUGCUGAGAAAGUGCAUCUUGCAAAUGAUCCGACCCGUUGUUGAGGGAUCUCUUGGAAAUCCACCAUUUGAAAAGCCAAAUAUUGAACAGGGAGUUCUAAAUUUUGUUCAGUACAAGUUCAGCCAUCUGCAGCCCAAGGAACGUCAGACCAUGUAUGAGCUUUCCAAAAUGUUCCUGCUUUGCUUGAACUACUGGAAGCUUGAAACGCCCUCGCAAUUCCGGCAGAGGUCGCAGAAUGAAGAUGUCGCAACGUAUAAAGUCAAUUACACCAGGUGGCUGUGCUACUGUCACGUACCUCAGAGUUGUGAUAGUUUACCACGAUAUGAAACUACCCAUGUGUUUGGAAGAAGCUUACUCCGUUCCAUCUUUACGGUUACCCGGAGGCAGUUGCUGGAGAAGUUCAGAGUGGAGAAGGACAAACUGGUUCCAGAGAAAAGGACCCUUAUUCUCACACAUUUCCCAAAGUUCCUUUCAAUGCUCGAAGAAGAAAUUUAUGGGGAAAACUCUCCCAUUUGGGAGGCAGAUUUCACAGUCCCAGCCACAGAAGGUUCUCCACAUGUGUCUCGUCCAGCUGCAGGCAAUACCACAUCAGUCCCCAGUACACCGCUAUUUAGCAGCAAUCUUAACAACAACUCUUCCAUGACAUCAAGUGCAGAUGCCAACAACGCAGAACCCAUGCCAGGCGAAAAGCGGAAACUGUCGGACAGCCUGACGCUGGAAGAUGCUAAGAGAAUCCGGGUGAUGGGUGACAUACCUAUGGAGCUAGUGAAUGAGGUUAUGCUAACCAUAACCGAUCCUGCUGCCAUGCUUGGCCCUGAUACAAGCUUAUUGUCGGCUAAUGCAGCACGUGAUGAGACCGCUCGCUUGGAGGAGAGAAGAGGGAUCAUAGAAUUUCAUGUUAUAGGAAACUCUCUGUCGCAGAAGUCUAAUAAAAAGAUCCUUAUGUGGCUAGUGGGUCUUCAGAACGUCUUUUCACAUCAGCUUCCCAGGAUGCCAAAGGAGUACAUAACACGUCUUGUGUUUGACCCAAAACACAAAACCCUGGCUCUCAUUAAGGAUGGUCGUGUCAUCGGAGGGAUCUGCUUCCGUAUGUUCCCCACCCAAGGCUUCACAGAGAUAGUCUUCUGUGCAGUGACGUCCAACGAGCAAGUCAAGGGUUACGGCACACACUUGAUGAACCAUUUAAAAGAAUAUCAUAUCAAACACAAUAUCCUGUACUUCCUGACCUAUGCCGAUGAAUAUGCCAUAGGCUACUUCAAGAAACAGGGUUUUUCAAAGGAUAUCAAAGUCCCAAAGAGCCGAUAUCUGGGAUACAUAAAGGACUAUGAAGGGGCCACAUUAAUGGAGUGCGAACUCAACCCCCGUAUUCCUUACACAGAACUCUCCCACAUCAUCAAGAAGCAAAAGGAGAUAAUUAAGAAACUUAUCGAACGAAGGCAGGCUCAGAUCCGCAAAGUGUAUCCAGGACUUACUUGCUUUAAGGAAGGUGUGCGUCAAAUCCCAGUGGAGUGCAUCCCAGGAAUACGAGAAACUGGGUGGAAGCCAACAUGCAAAGAAAAAGGGAAGGAAAUUAAAGACCCAGAUCAAUUAUACAAUGUCCUGAAGAACCUUCUUGCACAGAUUAAGACUCACCCAAGUGCUUGGCCGUUCAUGGAACCUGUGAAGAAAUCAGAGGCUCCAGAUUACUAUGAAGUGAUUCGCUUUCCAAUUGAUUUGAAAACCAUGACGGAGAGGCUGAAGAACAGAUACUAUGUGACCAAGAAGAUAUUCAUUGCUGAUCUGCAGAGAAUCAUCACCAACUGCCGAGAAUACAAUCCCCCUGAUAGCGAUUACUGCAAGUGUGCUAACACCCUGGAGAAAUUCUUCUAUUUUAAGCUGAAAGAUGGAGGAUUGAUUGACAAAUAAUCGAAAAAGCAACUUCUUUUAUGUAAUCCAUUCCAGCCAUGGGCCAACUUCAGCUCCGGCAUUUCAUUCUCCUGCAUCUUAGACUUUGGUUUCAUGCUCCC